AAGAGGUCUGGGGAGCAUUUAUAAGACAUUUGCGAAGUGGACCAGCAAGUAGAAGCUUCGGAACCAGAUUUCGACAAGCUCAAAGAUGAGCGGAGCAGCCGUGUCCCUGUGCCUGUUUUUCCUCCUGUCUGUAUGCUCAGCGUGCUACAUCUCUAACUGUCCCAUUGGCGGGAAACGGUCCAUCAUGGAUGCCCCACUACGGAAGUGCAUGUCAUGCGGUCCCGGAGAUAGGGGCCGUUGCUUUGGUCCCAACAUCUGUUGUGGGGACACCUUCGGUUGCCUGCUGGGCUCCCCAGAAACUGCACACUGCCUGGAAGAGAGCUACCUGCUCACCCCUUGUCAGGCUGGGGUCAAGUCCUGCGGCUCUGAGGGAGGACGCUGUGCGGCUUCUGGUCUCUGCUGUGACGCCGAGAGCUGCGCCGCAGACCAGUCGUGUCUUAUGGAUCAGGAGGCGGAUGAUCAACUGGGCCAAUACGACGGCGGCGACCCAAGUGACAUCAUCGUAAGGCUGCUCCAUCUGGCUGCUCACGCCUCUCCUCAACGACUCGGUCAGUGAGUUGACACCAAGGGGCGCCCUGUAGAUCUUUAGUGCACAUUAUUAGUUGCCCAUUUGAGCCUCAAGUCUAUCUAUUUUUAUGUAAUAAAAUGAAAUGGAUGCUGACAAUCAUCCGGCUAUCUUAGAUGUUGAAAAUAAA